CCCACCAUAGAGCUCUCUAUAUAGACUAUACUCUUUCUCUUUCUUCUGCAAAUCUCAAGUAAAGAAAAGUAUCUCUCUCCCUCUCUCUCUCUAGUCUUUGAAAGUAAGCAAGCGAGCGAGCGAGCGAGCGAGCAAGCGAGAGAAGGCGAUACAGGGAAGGGGGCAGGAAUAGAAUCAUGAGCUGCUUCAGCUGUUGUGUUGCUGAUGAUAACCAUGAAGAUGCCGAUAGUGGAGGACCUAAAAUGGCAAAUAAGUUAGCAGGCAAUGAUAAAAAUUAUAGUGCCGCAGAAACAGCACCCAAGGGUGCUCAGACUGUGAAAGUUCAGCCUAUUGCAGUGCCUGCCAUACCAAUAGAUGAAUUGAAGGAAGUAACAGAUAACUUUGGGACAAAAGCCUUAAUUGGAGAGGGAUCAUAUGGUAGAGUAUAUUAUGGAGUUCUAAAAAAUGAGAAGGCUGCAGCCAUAAAAAAGCUAGAUGCCAGUAAGCAACCUGACCAAGAAUUUUUAGCUCAGGUUUCUAUGGUGUCAAGACUCAAACAUGACAAUGUUGUUGAGCUGGUCGGUUAUUGUGUUGAUGGAAAUCUUCGUUUCCUUGCAUAUGAGUUUGCAACUAUGGGAUCGCUUCAUGAUAUUCUUCAUGGACGGAAAGGUGUCAAAGGUGCGCAGCCAGGUCCUGUUCUGUCAUGGGCACAACGAGUAAAAAUUGCUGUUGGGGCUGCUAAAGGACUUGAGUACUUGCAUGAAAAGGCUCAGCCUCACAUUAUCCAUCGAGACAUUAAGUCCAGCAAUGUUUUACUUUUUGACGAUGAUGUUGCUAAGAUUGCUGAUUUUGAUUUGUCAAACCAAGCUCCUGACAUGGCAGCACGUCUUCAUUCCACUCGUGUUCUUGGAACUUUCGGUUAUCAUGCCCCAGAGUAUGCAAUGACUGGACAGUUGAGUUCAAAGAGUGAUGUUUACAGCUUCGGUGUUGUCCUUUUGGAGCUUUUGACUGGGCGUAAACCUGUUGAUCAUACAUUACCACGUGGGCAACAGAGUCUUGUGACAUGGGCGACACCAAGACUUAGUGAAGACAAGGUAAGGCAGUGUGUUGACACAAGACUAGGUGGAGAAUACCCUCCAAAGGCAGUUGCCAAGAUGGCUGCUGUGGCUGCUCUCUGUGUGCAAUAUGAAGCUGAUUUUCGGCCAAACAUGAGUAUUGUAGUCAAAGCUCUCCAGCCUUUGUUAAAUGCUCGAUCUGGUCCUCCUGGCGAAGCUCCAAGCUUGUGAAUCCCCGUCGUUCUCGCUCCCCAACAUCUCUCUCUGUCUCUGUUGUUGCUCCUAUCAAACUUGGCAUCCACAAGGUGGCUGUAGAUUAUUUUUAAAACUUUAGUGUAUUAAAUUUUUUCCUAGUGAUGAAUUGAUGGGAAUGUUAAAGGCCGUAGAUUGUGUAUUCUUUCUUCUGUCUCCUUUUUUCUUUGGGGAGCGGACAACUGUACGCACAUCUUUACUUACUUUUCUCUGUUCAGAUUUUCGACUACAAACUAAAUGUGAGAAUUAUCAGGAAUUUUACUA